AUGAGCACCAUCCUCGACCCUAUCGCUACCUACGGCCUAACCGCUGUCCCCUGCUCCUCCACUCUCCUCCUCUCCACCGCCCAAACCACCCCACCCCCGAUCCCAACCUCGCAGACUCCAGUCCCCUCCACGCCGCUCGCCCAGCGCAUCGACGCCUACGCCCGCACCCAGCUCUCCGAAAAGACCUACCACCACUGCCUCCGCGCCUACCACUACGGCCUCGCCAUCAAGCGCCACGCCUUCCCCUCCUGGUCCUUCUCCGACGAAACCUUCUUCCUCGCCUGCCUGCUGCACGACCUCGGCACCACCGACAAACACAUGCGCCAGACCCGCCUCAGCUUCGAGUUCUACGCCGCCUUCCUCGCCCUCGAGGUCCUGCAGUCGUCCGCUGGCCAUCCCGCCGCCCAGGCCGUGGCCGGUGGCGCCGCCGCCAGCACCAGCGCCGGCGCCGACACCGGCGCCACCGCGCCCCGCGAGCAGGCGGAGAGCGUUGCAGAGGCCAUCAUCCGGCAUCAGGAUGUCUGUGCCGAGGGCAUGAUCACGGCCUUGGGCCAGUUGUUGCAGUUGGCGACGUUGUUUGAUAAUACCGGCGCAAAUGGCCAUCUCGUCAAUAAGGAGACCAUCGACGACGUGUGUGCGCGCUAUCCCCGUUUGCAGUGGAGCAGUUGCUUUGCGGCGACCAUCCGUAAGGAAAACGGGUUGAAGCCCUGGGCGCAUUCCACGACCCUGGGCCAGGAGGCGUUUCCCGCGAAGGUGCUCGGGAAUACCCUGAUGGAGCCGUAUGAAUAG